GGCGGGGUCGGCGGCCGUCACUUGGCAGGUCGUGUUGCCAGGAAGCGGCGCUCAGUCGGCGGACGUCGUGCAGUUUGCGGGGAAGUUUGUUGACAUCGGGCCCGGAAGGAGAGGAAGGAGGAGGGGGGAGAACGGAUCAGCCCCUCCCGGAUGGCCUCUCAUUAUCGUCCUCGCUCCGGCCCGGGCCUCUCCUCAUCGUCUCCGGAAGGGGGCACCAUGACAGGCUGAGCCCGGAGAGCCCCGGUCCCCCCUCAGGGACUGACCGACCGCCCGGACUGUGUGUUCUCAGACCCAGAGGAGCUCCGACAUGGCGGCCUCCCAGGCCUCGUCCUCCUCCAACCCGAGGAAGUUCAGCGAGAAGAUCGCCCUCCAUAACCAGAAACAGGCCGAGGAGACCCGGGCCUUCGACGAGCUCAUGACCGACCUGACCGUCUCCAGGGUUCAGUUCCAGAAGUUGCAACAGUUGCGAUUGGCACAAUCCCGAGCUCAGUACUAUGGUGGCUCUUUGCCAAAUGUAAACCAGAUGAGCAGCAGCCAGUCUGAUUUCCAGGGUUCAUUUCAGCCUGUGGAUAACAUCCGUGGCAUGAGGCACCAUGGCCUGGUGGAGAGGGUAUCGAGAAACCGUCUGCACUCGCCUCAUCACAGACCUGUGGAGAAGCAUGGACGUCAGUGUGACAGCUCGCCCUAUGGAUCUGUAUAUCUCUCCCCACCGCCAGAUAAUAACUGGAGAAGGCAGCAGGCUCCCUGGAGUGAAGAGAAACGGCCAGGAUUUAGACUAUUGUCUGCCCUGAACAGGACAAACUCCGACUCUGCACUUCACACCAGCGCUUCCAGUACCAAAACCCAGGACCCAUUUAUGGGGGGAAAUCAGUCUGUGGUACGAUUUCCCAGACCCACGCAGCGCAACAUAAGUUUACAGGAUGGGGAAAUAGACAACUAUGAAGUUUUUUCCUUUCCAAGUGCUUUGGCGGAAGAGAAUCUGCUUAACGUUUCAAAGCCACUGCCGAAACAGCUAUGGGAGGCCCAAAAGGUCCAGUCUAUGACAUCUCGUCCGCGGUCUUGUGAAGUUCCUGGAAUCAAAGUUUUUCCAUCUUCUGAUCAGAACGCAGGCCUCUCACAUUUCCAGGGGAAUCUAAACACAGGUGGUUCACUGCCAGACCUUACAAACCUCCAUUUCCCCUCUCCGUUGCCCACUCCCCUGGACCCAGAUGACACGGCAUAUGCGGGCUUGGGCACGGAAAACAGCACGAGUGGGCUGCCUGCUGCUAUGACUCACCUGGGCAUCAGUAACUCGCCAGGUUUGCAGAACACACGGAGCAAUCAAACCAUUCAAGGAACAAUGAACAACACCUCACUUGCCUCUUCUGUAAACAACCAUUGUCCUCAGUCUGGACGAUCCAACACUUCGCUUCACCCGUCUCUUCGUCUGGCCUCCCUUAGCAACCCUUCUCUUCCAACAGCUGCGCUUGGCAGUUCCCCAAGACGAAGGCACACUCCUGUCAGCCCUCUCACCUUGACGCCAGGCAGCGAUCCAAGCCGGUGUGUUAGUGGCCAGUUUUCACCUACCAGCCCCAUGAGCAUGGCAAACUCUCAGGGAGUUGCUAUGGACAGGAGUGCUCUUUCUAUGCCUCCACUGGAACCUCCUCCACCUUAUCCUAUGUACCAAGACCAGUCCCAGCAUCCACUACAACAAAUGCACGAUCCUCAUGAAUCCCAAAAUUUACAGCCUCCCUCGCCUGUGCCGUGCCCUCCUCUGGAUCUCAAUUUGGCUAAUAACUCUUUGAGUGGCUUCUUUGCCGAUGCCUUCCUUGAUCAGCAACAACCUAAUAGACAAGGGAAGUACCUAUGGCACCAGCAAGACACAUAUGAUAUGUACGAGAGUCCGAGCAAUUCUCUACCCAACACCAAUUUCUUUGAUCCAAAUAUGAAUCUCCAGUACUCCCAGGCAUCCAUGAUGGGACUAGGAGGGAGUCAUGGAAACCUCCAGGACCCCUUUCAGUUGCGGUCAAGCUACUUGUAUUCCAACUAUGGGGGAAGUGUUCCCAACAUUAUCUUAACAGACGAUACAAGCCACAGUUUAUCGAAGGACAUUGGAAGUGCGGUUGCGGGAGUUUCCGAACUGGGCUUCGACACAGAUAAUACAUUUCAGUUGGAUGACGAGCUGAAACUUGGACCACUGAGCUUGGAUGGUCUGAACAUGUUAAGUGACCCUGACAUGGUCCUUCCAGACCCCACAAUAGAGGACAGUUUCCGUUCCGACAAGCUGUGAUCCAGGCUGCCCAUCGGGGUGCAGGCUGCUUCGUUCAUUUCGUAAAAACAAACAGAAGGAACUUGUUCAUGAAGCAACUAAGAACAAAUUGUUUUGUUCAAGGCUCAAUUUCUCUCUUUUGGAUCAGAGCUGUUGUAAUCACUUAAUAAAUCUUUUGACAUUUGAAUGUCGGAUUAAGUAGAUGUACUAACUUUUUGUGAAGAAGAAGAAGGUUUGAAGAGAAAUCUGAAGAGACACUGCUUUAAACCAAGCCAGUAAUUGAUACUUUGUAGAUAAGCACACACAAUUCUCUGUGAAAUAACUUGGUUAGAAAAACUGCAUAUCUACAUUAUUAAUGGUGACGUGCCAUUGCCUUA